UUCAUCUAAACUGCUCAGCCUUCUUUGGUCCGACUAUCACUUCGGCUAGUGCUACGUGCAUGAUAGCUACCUACAUAAGCCCUACCUCGUAACUGGAAGAGGGAGCUGCGUGUUGUGACUAGAGUGCCAAGCAUUUGGGGAAUAUUAUCCUGAAGGCUCUGCCAUGACAAACUGAACAGCUUUCAACCAUCAUUACGGUCCUAUUGCCCUCCCAGCCUAAAGAGGCCAGGGCUGAAUCCACUAACAGUGUGAGAAGACACCACUUUAAAUGGGAUACAACACUAGCUGUAGAAGAUAUCUUAAUUGUCUCCAGGAAAACACGUUGUAGCCCCACACUAGUGCAUCAAUGGAUGAGGAAGCUGAGAGCCCUCUCCCUGGUACAGAGCCUGUGGAAGAAGAUGUGGAACAAAGCAUAGAGAGCAAGAGCGAGGCAGACACCACAUCUGAGGCGACCCCAGCACCCUCAGACCCUCUAAAUGCUAAAGAAGACCUGAGCCCUGAUCCUCUAGAGGAAACGCAAGCAGAAGUCGAAGAGGAGGCUAAAGCUGCUGGUGGUGAACCUCCUGUUGACUGGUUUGAGCCACUUGAGGAUGAUGAUGAUGUCAAUAGUAGGAAUGAUCCAGAGGAAGACAGCCUGGCAGGAGAAAGUGAAAGGAGCGAGAGCAUCGCAGGCAGUGAGAAGACCUCCAAAAGGACAUAUCAACUUAAGAUGCCUCGGCGCAAGCGAACAAUUCCUGAUGAGGGAUGGGUUGACUGCUCUGUACUCGGAGAGGGCUGGAAACGCAAAGAGGUUGUUCGACGCUCAGGCUCCAGCAUCGGCCAGAAGGAUGUGUAUUACCUAAGUCCACGGGGUGAUCGUGUGAGAAGCCGAGUAGAACUGACCUCAGUGCUGGAGGGAAUACUUGACUUGUCAAACUUUGAAUAUAAGACGGGCAAGUUCCUCACAGGUGAAGCACCACCCAUAAGAGUUCGACACAGGGGGAAGAGAAAGGUCCGGGAGCGUUCUUCCUCAGAGUCCAGUUGGAUGGAGAGAGGAGAGGGCGCAGAUACUCCGGACUCCCACCACAGACUCACCCCAAACCUCACACCCAAAAUUGCCUUGUCCAACCAGAUGAGUGUGUCCUCGAACAGUGCAGUGGGAACUCCAAAUCCAAGGUCUCACACCGAGGAGCCUUCUACAGAAGAUAGAAUUAAACUGCCUUUUCCCUCGUCGUCGAGACUGCUUCCACUUCCAUCCAUAAAUGGGGCAAUUGGGUCGGAAGACAGCAUUCUCGUCUGUGCCAGAUGUGGGAUUUCCUUCACAGGCACUUGGUACGACAAACAAAGGAAGAGGCCCUGCUGUCCCACCUGUUGGGCAGCAUCAAAGAGUAAGGAGCAUCCGAUGAUUCGUUUCAGGAAGUGGAUUCCUUGUGGUCAGUGUGUGGGAUGUCACAACACAGCCAACUGUGGACAGUGUGCCAACUGUAAACAUGGACUACAGAGCCCAGAGUCCCGGAGACGGAUUUGCCGGAAGCGCAGAUGUAUAUGUCCUAUUCGGAAGGGUACUGGAAGCGGAAGCUUCAUCCCGCAGAGGCCUUACAAUGACAUUCCUGAAACGUUUGACGACAGUAUGAGUUACCAGAGUGAAGUUACAGACUCACAGCACCCAAGUCUUAAAAGCAGCGAUACAGAGAACGUCUCUUACAACGUGGACAUGGAAGAUGACGAAGACAUGUCAACAGAUGACGAUGAUGAUUGGCAUAAGAAGCGGAAACGUCGUUCUUGUGGCGAAUGCAAGGCCUGUCUCUGCAGGAAAGACUGCGGCACGUGUGAUUUCUGCAUAGACAAGCCUAAAUUCGGAGGCAGCAACAAGAAGAGGCAGAAGUGUCGUCUCCGUCAGUGUCAGAGGCAGGCGAUGAGACAUUUGUUGCCUUUCCAGAUGGGACAAAGUGACUACGGGCCAGAUGGUUCAGUGCAGCCGGGCAGAGCCAGACCUCGCUACACAUACACAUACAGCUGUAAGUCAGGCUUAAAGAAAGGCAGAGAGUCACAAAUGGACUUGGACUUCACUGACAAUGAAGAUGAAGACAGCAAUUUACCACCAAUGAACUGGAAUCCAGAGGCUGCGAGAGGCAGCAAGCAGUCUUACGACGAGAAUGUGAGAAAUCGCCAAUCAUCUAUGCAGCAGUUGAAUCAUUCAGAGUCUGGGGUGCGGAAUGGACUGUCUGACCGGACCCCUCACAUCAGCAACCAUAACAGCUCUCAACUAGACCAGCAAAGCAGAUGGGAUGCACACACAGGCAGAGAUGGUCAAAAGCAAGUUGAAGAAGACGAUGAAGAUGAAGAUGAGUUUCCAAUGAUUACACAGAUCUUCAGUUUAGCUGAUAACUCAGCUGGAGGUGGUGUCGACAUGGAAAACCAGCUUACCAAGUUACUACAGUCUUUACGCUCCUCUGUUCUGCCAAUCUUAUGGUACGCUAUAAUGGUGGAAGGCCCGCAGCUGCAGCUCAUCCAGUGUUCGAAGCAGUCCAACAUGACCGACACCAUGGUGCUGAUCGACCCGGGCUUCUUCUAUCAGGUCACCGUCCAGAAGCAGCCGCUGCUCCCCACCCACCCGUUGUACGACAGCUACCCAGCACGCCUAUCCUCAGUGACGGAGGUAGUCAACCUGCUUUUGGGUCUGGAGAAUUACGCUGUGUGUCAGGGAAUGCCCCCCAAAGGACCGUUAUUUCAUAAAGACCCUGUCAUACUGGAGCGGGCAUCGACGUGUGAUUUCUUGGUUAAGAAGAAUGUGAGCGUCUGCCAUAACUGCCGAGUGCAGCAGGGGCUUUAGCUUCAGCAAAGACAGAAAUUUAAAAAAAUUAUCACCACAGCGGAGUCCACUGAUUUUCUGGUGCAACUUUGUGCCAUUUUCUUCUUGUUUUUGUUUUGGUGACAAUAUGUAUGACAUUUUACAGACUUACCUCUGGACUGUAAUAGUAUGAUUUUUUAGGGGAAUCACCAAAGGCAUUCCAGGAGCUGUGACGUUAUAAUCCAGGUGUGUUUCUUCUCAGAUGUCUUUUAUUAUUGUAUGUUGGUCUAGGGCUUUUCUACUUGACUGUUAAGUGUCAGAGUUUGGGCAGUGUGAUGAAUAGAGCUGUGUGAUCGGUGUUCUGUUGGUUGAUCCGCACUCUUACUUGAGGAAUAUCCCUCAUCGUUAUUAAAGGUUUGAGUGAUCUUUUCCCCGUAAGUUUUGUUUCUCAGCCCUAAAUUAACCCACUGAUCUUUUCACCAGCAACACUGGCCGUUUUGAUGUUGUUCAAUCUACCUUUGUAAUUUGUAACAUACUCAGUGGUGUUUGCCAGCAAACUAAAAACAAGAUGUAUUUACAUCUUGCCCAGAUUUGCCAUUUUUUGUUAAAUUAUCACUAUACACUGUAGUUGCACUUUUUUUCAGUGUUUGCUUGAGAUGUAGCAUGUUGGUAUUAUUUUAAAAUGCCUAAUCUGUUCAUUUAGCAACAGUUUGAGUUAUCAUAGGAUUUACUAUUUUGCUUUGCAGUGCUGGACGAAAACUCCAUAUUAUUUAUGUGGUUAAAACAUUUGAUCCAUGAGUUAAUUAAAUAUGUAUUUCUCCCUACACUCCAAUUUCAAUAGACAGAAUACAAUACUAUAGGGAGUAUAUGGUAUAAAAAACAUACUGCACUCUAUAGGUAGUUUAAUUUCUGAAAGUUUUCAAUACUGAAUAGGACAGUAAAUAACACAGUAAAUGUGCGCUCACCCUCUUUAUUAUGACGGGCCGAAAUUAUUAGACCAAAUAGCAUACGGCUAAACCAGGAUUCAACCAGAACUGGCUCAAUAGGGGGACAUUCUUCAAACAACAGCUGUUGCUACUAUAACUGGACCUUUUUACCAGAGCAAUAGAAAACAACAACCACAACAAAUCAGGACAUCUGAGAUAAUGAGUGCCAGACGACAUGGAAAACACUAAUAGGCUUCUGAAAUCCAAACAUCAGUACUUGAACACUUGAAAAGUCUGCAAAAGAUGAAACGGUAUCAGCAGUUUAGCAAAGAAUAAGUAUCUCUUAGUAUUUCUGACCUGAUUUGAUGCACAUUUCGUGCUGUUUUUAAUAUUUUCAAAACAAAUUCUAUGUUUUUCAGAUUGUCACCGUUAAAGCUAAAUUACAGUCACUCUGAGCCAGUGUUGACAUAAAAAAACGUUGGGAUAGUUUUAGAAAUUACUGCUAUUCAGGUGUAACUUUAAAAAGCCAAUUAUCGUAGAUUAAUAAGAUUCACUACCCCCCAAAAAAGAUUAACUGAAUUUAUAUUUGAUGAUGCUUAGUGAACACUUCUUACUUAGUCUGGACGAUUUUAAAUAAAAACUCAAGUAAGAGCUUAGAAUGUCACACAUUGAUCAAGACUCUUGGGCUGUGGCGAAUGUUUUCCACACAGCAAGAAAUUGGUUAUGAUUUCCAGAUUCAGCAUGUUGAAAGAUUACGUUACUGAAAGCAGAACUUUUCUUAAUGUGCUUAUAGAAUGUAUUUCCCAGAAUAAUGUCCUCAAAAGAAAUUGGUGUUGUCGCCAAAAGUCCGUUUACUGAUGCCACAAAUCAGCUCGAUGAAAAUGUGUUAAACCUGCUUAAUCAAUGCCCUUCCAUUUUUGUUCUUGUCUAAUUAAACUUUAUGACAUAGAAUAUGAUUUAUUUUUGUUAUAUAUUCCUCAAGUAACUGUGAAAAUAUUUUGAAUUUUUGAGAUCAAUUAAUUAUUCCUAAAACUGUUAUGUGGUCUUGGAAUUAAAACACAUUUGAAGAACUUGCGCAGUUUUUCCACAUUUCCAGUUUUUGUUUUUCUGAACAAAGUAUGUAAUUAGCUUUUCUUGCUGCUGUGCUUUUUAUAAUAUUAAGCAAAUAUGUCUAAAGCAUGACCUGAAGAGAAGGUUUUGUUAACUGGCACAGAAACAAUGACAGUCUGAGAUUUUACAUUUAGUUAUACACAGCUCAUGUGUUUGUUGUUGGAUGAAUUAUUGAUUUUGUUAUUGAGAGUUGUUUCAGUGGAAACCACAGCUAAUGCUUUUAAAUUAAGUCAAGCUGAUACUUAAUAUUACUCAAGAGAUUCUAGUCUGUUUUCCACCGUCUCUAUUCUGAUGCGUCGAGACUCAUUUUUUCGAUUUGCAGUAGCCUGCAGUAUAGAUAUAAACAUCUGUUAUGUAUUGGUGCUAAAAUUAAAAAAAAGAAUUUAUUUGAACCCAAAUUAUGCUUUAUAUUGUAAAAAUGAAGGUGUAUUCUCUCA